AUGGGUUACUACGACGAAGAGGGCCCUGAUCGCUACGAGGUUGCUGAGAUGCGCUCCUCCGUCUCCCGCCGCUCCCCUUCUCCGGCCCCCGCCGCCGCCGGCGGUCCCCCCCUCCUCCCCAACACCGUCACCAUCCCCUGCCACCACAUCCGCCUCGGCGACUUCUUGAUGCUCCAGGGCCGCCCCUGCCAGGUCAUCAAGAUCUCCACCUCGGCUGCCACCGGCCAGUACCGCUACCUCGGUGUCGACCUCUUCACCAAGCAGCUCCACGAGGAGUCCUCCUUCAUCGCCAACCCCGCCCCCAGCGUCGUCGUCCAGACCAUGCUCGGCCCUAUCUUCAAGCAGUACCGCGUCCUCGAUGUCUCUGACGGCCAAGUCACCGCCAUGACCGAGACCGGUGACGUCAAGCAGGGCCUGCCCGUCAUUGACCAGUCCAACCUCUGGACCCGCCUCACCAAUGCCUUCGAGUCCGGCCGCGGCAGCGUUCGCGCCCUUGUCCUUCAAGACAGCGGCCGCGAGCUCGUCGUCGACGUCAAGGUCGUCCACGGCUCUCGUCUGUAA